CUGUGAGGAGGGGUGGGGAGAGGGGAAGCCAGGGCUGAGGAGGGCAGGCGGGGCCUAGCUACUGCCCAAGCACUAUCCUAGAAUCAGGGCAGAUACCAGGGCCCUGCGCUGAGAAAGGCCGGGUUGCCCUCCGCCCCCAGCGGCCCAGGCCGGGUCUCAGAAGACCGAGCCUGCGCCAGCUGAGCCAACAGUCCGAGGGCACAAGCACGGGCCGGUGCUGGGAACCAAGCUCUGGGACAGAGCUGGAGAAAGAAGCCGGAGGAGGGAGAAGUAGCUCAGCUCCGAACACAUUUUUGUUAAAAUCCUGUGCUUGGAAAUGACUUCCUUAAGUGGCAAAGUGCAGACAGUUUUGGGACUUGUCGAACCAGGUCAACUUGGCCGGACCUUAACCCAUGAGCACUUGACCAUGACCUUCGACUGCAGCUAUUCUCCCCCCCCAUGCCAGGAAGCUUUGUCUAAGGAACCCCUUCUGAUGAAGAACUUGUUUUGGAUUCAGAAGAACCCUUAUUCCCACAAAGAGAAUCUUCAGCUAAAUCAGGAGACUGAAGCCAUCAAGGAGGAGCUCUUACAUUACAAAGCCAAUGGAGGUGGGGCUCUGGUGGAAAACACAACCAGCGGACUUAGUAGAGAUGUGAAGACCUUGAAAUGGUUUGCAGAAGAGACUGGGGUCCACAUCAUUUCUGGGGCUGGAUUUUACGUGGGCGCCACACACUCCCCGGAGACCCGUGCGAUGUCCAUAGAGCAGCUCACUGAUAUUCUUGUUAAUGAAAUACUACAUGGAGCUGAUGGGACCAACAUCAAAUGUGGAGUGAUUGGAGAAAUCGGCUGCUCCUGGCCUCUCACCGAAAGUGAGACUAAGGUUCUUCAGGCAACAGCCCAUGCCCAGUCUCAGCUUGGCUGCCCGAUCAUCAUCCACCCUGGUAGGAAUCCAAACUCGCCCUUUAAGAUUAUACGAAUCUUGCAAGAAGCUGGGGCAGACAUCUCCAAGACAGUCAUGUCUCACCUUGACAGGACUAUAUUUGAUAAAAAAGAGCUAUUAGAAUUUGCCCAACUUGGAUGUUAUUUAGAGUACGAUCUCUUUGGCACAGUCCUGCUCAACUACCAACUGCAUCCAGAAAUUGAUAUGCCUGAUGACAACAAACGAAUAAAAAGGGUACGGCUACUGGUGGACGAAGGCUACGAAGAUAAACUUCUGAUUGCUCAUGACAUACAUACUAAACAUAGGUUGAUGAAAUAUGGAGGUCAUGGCUAUUCACAUAUCCUCACCAAUAUAGUUCCUAAGAUGCUAAUUAGAGGGAUAUCUGAAAAUGUAAUUGAGAAGAUACUGGUAGAGAACCCAAAGCGAUGGUUAACUUUCAAAUAGUAAAAUCAUUUCUGAUUCUUGCACUUGAAACUGAUAGAGAAAAUCCAGCUGUUUGAAACCACACCAAUUUGGGGAGGGGGUAGAAGAUGGGGGUAGGGAGCCCCAGAAGCUAUCCAGAGCUCCCCCCCAACCAGAGCUAAUAAUCUUCCUUUUUAUUAGAAUGAGGUUUGCCUUAUCUCUGAAUCUGGCUACCUCUAAUACUGGUUUUAUUUUUUUUAAAAUAGAAAAAUACCUGUUCCCAAACAGUGAUUUUAAUCUUAUACCUACCAAAUAAUUGGACUCUUUUGAAGAUUCAUUGGCUGUACUCCUUGAGAAAAUUUAAACUGUUUCCAGUUAAAUUACCCCCCUCUGGAGCAAUUUGAGAUUUCUUGUAAUAUUGAUGAUCCUACUAAUUAUCCUGCUGUUCUUUAAUUAAUGCUUAAUGAAUAAUAUGGCACUAUAAAGUAGCUUCUGUAGCAAGUGAACUUGAGAUUUUAAAUUUUUUCUUCAAAAGAUACAGUCACAUGCUUACCAAUUUACAAAUGCUUUAGAGUAUUUUUAAAUGAAAUAUCCAAUGUGUAUUUUCUCUCUUUUACAUAUAUACAAGCAAUAAAAUCAGGGUCCUCUUCUUACUGCAUUCAGAGGUCCAUAUCUGUUUUGUUCUGAAUUUUGUUCUUAUGCUCUUGGAAAUGUAAGACACAAACCACAUGGAUAAUUGCUCUGAAUUAUAAAAAUGCAAUAAUAAAAGUUUGAAUAUAUUACAUAAUAUAGUUUAAUGAAUCAUCAUCGUUACAUGUAUAACAAAGGCCACAAUUUAAUUGCUUUAUAAGAUAUGAUGCAAAAAUAAAUAAAUAAAUAAAAGAAAUGUUUGCCUUA